AUGCCCGAGAAAGACCUCCUCAUCGCGUCAUUCAUCGCAAAGCAUCAGUUGGACCAGGACGCUGCUACUGCGGUUCUGCUGGAUCUCACCUCGUACGACUUGGGCGUUAUCAUUACAGCAUUCGAACCGGCCUUGACUAACGGCGUGGACAAGGAGGCGCUUUUGCGAAGGUUCGUACAGGUGUACUUUGACCAGAAGACCCAAGCUUUUGUCAAUCUCUGGGAUUUGCCCGAGAUCCCCACCAAAGAGCUCCUCAGUCGGCUCAACUAUAAGGAUCGAGGUCUGGUCAUGGAACGCUUUUCGAUCGACAAUGCUGACUUAGUGGACCAGACGGAAAAGCACCGAGUUUUGAGAGCUCUCAUCAAGAGACGCAUGGAGCAUCGAAUUAACGCAUUCGUUGGUACAUGGCAGUUUGAAAGGACCGACCGUCCCUCGGCGGUCAAACUGUUGUUGACUUUAACCAAUGGUGAUUUGCAGGUGAUUCUUGCGGCCUUCAAUCCGGAAGUUUUGCCUCGUCAUGACUCCCGGUACAGCCUGUUGGUGCGGACGGUUGACAUCUAUAUGUCACGCAAAGUAGAUGCGUUCAUUUCCUACUGGUCUCUGGGGUCGGUCAAGAAGGAGGUGGAGUCAGUGUUGGCUCAACUGUGGCAUGAUCAGGCUUUGGGUUUUGUAUUGGAACGUAUCAAUUUGGGAUCUAUUUCGAACCCUCGAGAUAAGCUCGCCAAACUUCACCGUUACAUUCACCGUUUGGUCACCAACAGAGUCAAUCGAUUUGCCUCAGCUGAGGGGUUACAAGAGGAGCCGUUGUGGGAGAUGGCUUUGAAGACUCUCAGUGUCAAGAAGCUCCUAUUGUUGGUUGAUACCUACUCUAUAGGGCCCAAUGAGACCCCUAGCCAAGCCUUGGGUAAGCACAUCACUGACGUGUCUCAGCAACAUGCCCGACCAAAGACGACACCAGUGGUCCAUGUGGUGGACAAUACCGAUGAGAGCGAGAAUGACUAUUCGAUUGACCGUGGUGGUCAGCUACCGUCCAGCGUAGCGGAGCUGCGUCAGUUGUUGGUGUCGGGUGAAGUUGUGUUGCCUGAAGAGGUCCUUCGGGAACUUCAUAUUCUGGGGGAGACAGCGGUUGUGUUACCGAGAGAGUGA